AUGAAGCUUCACGGGCAGGUAGCCAUUGUUACCGGUUUAAUGCUGUGCAGUAUUACCGACGGAUAUAUUUUUGGUCAGAUGUCCGGAAUGGUGAACGCUUUGCUUAAUGCAAACGGUCUCAGUGAAGACGACGUGUCAUGGAUUGCUUCUACCAUGAAUGCUACGUGCGUAAGUGGCUUCGCGAUAGCAGGACUGAUCACAGAAAAGUUGGGCAGAAGGCGGGCAAUAGUACUAAUGAAUCUACCGGUGUUGGCCACGUGGGUAAUGAUUUACUACUCGACGAGCCUGACGGCUUUCCUCGCCUCCCGUCUUUUGGUGGGUGUCGGUCACGGAGGCAUCAUAUUUUUACAAUACGUUUCGAUGGCUGAAUACGCCACGCCGAGUAAAAGGGCGGUAUUCAUCAACAUCAUAUCAGCGGUGGGCCCCGCUUUGGGAAUGACGAUGGGGCAUAUACUUUGCAUCCUGUUACAUUGGAGAACGGUAGCUCUGUUGGGAAUCGUUCCCACAGGCCUAUCGAUGCUCUUACCGCUGUUUUGGGUCGAGAGCCCCUCUUGGUUGGCUUCGAAAGGCAGGUUCGAGGAAUGUGAGAGGGCAUUUAGAGAGCUCCAUGGAUGCAAUGAUGCUACAGAAGCCGAAUUGAAGUUACUUCUCAUAUUCGAGCAGUCGAAGCAGAAGGAGUUUUCGGCAAAAAAGCAGUUCGUAUACGCGACCGUCGAAAAACUCUCCGUGGCGUUGAAGCAACGUUAUUUCUGGAAAGUGGUGAUGUUGUGCGUAGUGGAAAACGGGACUGGAACGCAGCCAUUAGCUGCCAUACCUGGGUACAACCCGGACCACCACACAAGUGUCCGAGGAGGCGACGACCCAAAUGUCAGCGGAUCGUCGAGUGAUGAUCACCAGGCCUCGUACGCCUGGGGAGUGUGGGAUAGUCAAAAGAAGGGCAAAGCUGCCCUGUUUACUACACUACUAGGCGUGCGGCUAGGGAGAAGGAGACCUCUCAGCUUUGCCGAAAACUUAGUAAUUGCUCCAGCAGGAGGCAAAAUUCCGGAGGUAUGUGUUCAUAGGGAUGACCUGAGCUCAAACACCAUCGAUGGGUUGGGACAAAGGCUGGAGCACUCCAGCGUUUGCUUAAGGGCAAUUCUCAGCAGUCCUCAGGAGAUGCCCGGCAUGGUUGACGCAUUACGCGCGAAAAAUGACGGGAUGAAUAUCAGCGAAAACGACGUGUCAUGGAUUGCAUCAACAAUGAACGUCACCUGCAUAUUCGGUUUGGGCUUGGCUGGACUGGUCACCGAGAAGGUAGGCAGGCGUCGAGCUAUCACGAUCCUGAGCAUGCCGAUGCUGCUUGUUGGUGAUGCUAUACUAUGCGGUUCAUGCCGAUUCGAUGAGUGCGUCGACGCGUUCAGAAACGCGGCGAUUCGCCCGGAGCCGAGA